AUGCAUUCUCCCCAUGAAAAUACCCCCAUUCGAACGGUAAAGCCUAGAUUGUUGGCCAUAAUCGUGGCCCGACAAUGCGGAGUAAACUCGCUCGACAUCAGGAUAUUGAGGCAGGAUCUUCUCUCGUCCUCCGAGAAGUCGGGACGGCUGGUGCGAGGCGCCGCCGGCCACGUCAAUAUGAAGCCACAAUCGUCUAUCUGUCCUCCCCAUGUCUAUCAGGCAGCCCCUGGCCUGGACAUCGCAACUCCGGUUACCAACAUAGAUAUUCGUUACUAUUUGUUCCAUCCGUCCGAGAAUAUACUCUCCACUGACACGGCAUGGCAUGGGGGCAUGGACAACACUGUCGACCCAGGAGACCCAGCGUACUCCCUACUGGAAUCAUUAGGGCUACAUUCGGUACCAAUCCACGCAGACGAUGUGUCACACGUGUCUGCUCCUGGUCUACACAUUGUAGAGCAGGAAACAAACAACAAUGCACAAAUCAUCCAGGAUGAAGACCUUGAGCACAUGCUUGACCUCGAUCUCGAGAAUGCUCGUGAAGAGCCUGACGACAUCGAUCAUGACGGCACACCGCGCGACAGUGUUUCCGCCGCAAUCACCAACCGACCCUCUGACCUGCGGCAGUCGCUCAACGACCGCAGCAUCUCUGUCCAGCAACUCGUGGAUCCCGCAGCCUUCGAGUGCCCAAAAUGCAAGAAGCCAGAGGCAGACUUCACGAAAAGGCCUCAAUUCGAACGGCAUAUAAGGGGCUGCCUCCUGGGCAAAUUGAACUCGUGCUGGGUAUGCGCGGAGGAGAGAAAGAUUGCCUUUGCUCGGACCGACGCUCUGCAGCGUCAUUUCGAGGCGAAGCAUCCAUGGGCGCCGGUCCCGUCGCGGAAGGGUUGA